AUAUAGGUGUUCAAGAUGCCACUGUUUGUCUCUUGUUUUAAUCUAUUACCUUUUUCUCCACAGUAUGGAAUAGUCCUUGAUGCUGGAUCUUCGCGGACUACAGUCUAUGUCUAUGAAUGGCCAGCGGAAAAAGAAAAUGAUACAGGAGUAGUGAGCCAAACCUUCAAGUGUGAUGUGAAAGGUCCUGGUAUAUCCAGUUAUGAGCGUAACACAGGAGCCCUUGCAAAACCCCUUGAUGAGUGCCUGAAUAAAGUCAAGGAGAGAAUCCCAGUUCAUCUACAUAAGAGCACUUCAAUUUAUCUUGGGGCUACAGCUGGCAUGCGACUACUGAGGUUGCAAAAUGAAACAGCAGCCAACGAAGUCCUUGCAAGCAUUCAAAACUACUUCAGAGCACAACCUUUUCGAUUUAGGGGUGCGCAUAUCAUAACUGGGCCAGAGGAAGGGGUGUAUGGAUGGAUAACAGCCAACUAUUUAAUGGGCAAUUUCUUAGAGAAAAACCUGUGGAGGACAUGGGUCCAUCCAUACAGAAAAGAGACCACGGGUGCACUGGAUCUCGGAGGAGCUUCCACUCAAAUUUCUUUUAUCCCAGAGGACUCUCAGGAGAGCUUCAAUAACACCAUGCAAGUGAAGUUAUAUGGUUAUGACUACAGUGUCUACACUCACAGCUUCCAGUGUUACGGGAGAGAUGAAGCUGAGAAAAGGCUUUUAGCAUUGUUGCUCCAGAAAUCAAGCACCAAUUCCACUGUGGAUAAUCCAUGUUACCCUCAGAAUUACGAGACUGCAUUAACAGUGAAGUACUUCAGUGGCAGCCUUUGUACACAGUCUCUGAGACCAACAAACUACUACCCAAACCAAUCCAUAAUCUUCCGUGGAACAGGAGACCCAGGUCUGUGUCAGGAGAUGGUUUCAUUAUUGUUUAACUUCACUACUUGCAGAAACCAGGAGGACUGUCCAUUUAAUGGAAUCCAUCAACCAAAAGUUAAAGGGAAUUUUGUGGCUUUCUCAGGAUUCUACUAUACAAUUAAUGCUUUGAAUUUGUCUGGGCACUUUUCUCUAGCUGACUUCAAUUCAAGUAUGUGGUUUUUCUGUUCACAAACCUGGGCCCAGCUCCAGUUGAUGCUACCUAAAGCUGAAGAAAUAUACGCUAGAUCCUACUGUUUUUCAGCCAAUUUUAUUUAUUACUUGCUUGUACAUGGCUACAACUUUGAUGCAGGGAAUUGGCCACAGAUACACUUUCAAAAGGAGGUUGGAAACAGCAGCAUAGCAUGGUCACUUGGUUACAUGCUAAGCCUCACCAACAUGAUUCCAGCGGAAGGCAAGCUGAUCCAGUUACCUCUGAAACCUCCCUUGUUUGCUGGGCUCCUCAUCUUCCUCACUGUCCUGGCACUGCUGUGUCUUUUCUUCCUUGUUUACUUGUGUAUUGUGUCACGUAAUCAGAAGGUCAUCAGCCACGUGGAAUAUGUAUUUACUCCAGAAUGAAAAACCUUACCUAAAGACUGACCAAAAACCUUACCUAAAGAUUGACCAACAAAAAUCAUCAUCCUGUAGGGUUAUGUAGAACUUUAUAGUUGAAAAACAUAGUUAAUGACGGGUGAAACUGACCAAUAAAAGUCAUCAUCCUAUAGAGUUAUGUAGAACUUUAUAUUGGAAAACAUAAAGACAGGUGAAAAGUGCUGGAAAGAAGAACGAAUAAAGGAGAUAAGAAGCACUAAGGAAUCUGUGCUAUGGUGGAGUGCUUAUUCAUGUUUUAAUGGUCUCUUUCUGUCAGAUAAACAUGAAUUUUUGUCCAUUAAUCCAUGAUUCUGAGGCAUUCAUGUGGUAGGCAAUUGGACGAUCGCAAUCCCGCCUCCGCACAUGCGCAGUAGAAGCUGGAGGGCGGUUUCCGCCCUGCUCGCGUCCCGCCCUUCCCUUUCUGCUCGCGGGCGGCCAUCAUGGUGUUCAAACGCUUCGUCGAGAUCGGCAGAAUUGCCUUCGUCUCCUUCGGGCGCCAUGCUGGCAAGUUGGUGGCCAUCGUGGAUGUGAUCGACCAGAACAGGGUCAGCCCAAAGCACUGUGAUUUUGUUGUCUAAGUUCACUGUGAACGGCUUGAAUCAGGCCUUGUAGAUAGAGCUUAAAGGGAAUUUGCUGCCAGGUUAUUCAAGGGAGUAAGCAUUUGACACAGCUGUUAUUGUAUUUUAAGCUUUUGGUAGCAAGCUGUACAUUGCUCCCUCCCAUCUCUCCUGAGAAAAGAAGUGGCUGAGUAAAUCCACUUGGAGUCUGAAACCUCUGAAUGGAAUGGCACUUGAUGCACGCUUGAAGUAAAUGAAAGAAAAGAACAAACAGGUUCUUUUCACUAUAUGUAAAGAUCCCUCUAUCCUGAAGACCCAAAAAAAGAUCUUAUUUGGGUGUGUUUUUCAAGUUUUUUUUUUUUCCCAAAGAUGAAGAUGAGCCUAUAGGGUUUGGGUAAUGUGCAUCAGAUCUCAUUUCUGGUUUUGUCUGAAUAACACGUAUCUUGAUUUGAAGUAUUGAUAUCAAAGUGAAGUUCCUAAAUGAUUAGGAAACUAAGUGGAAUAUGAUGGAAAAGAAAUCAUUUUAAACAAUAACUCACUUUUUCAGGCGCUAGUGGAUGGCCCCUGCAGCGGUGUCAGGAGACAGGCCAUGCCCUUCAAGUGCAUGCAGCUGACUGACUUUGUUAUCAAGUUCCCGCAUAGCGCUCGCCAGAAGUGUGUGCGUCGUGCCUGGGAAAAGGAGAACAUAAAUGAAAAGUGGGCAGCAACACGAUGGGCAAAGAAGAUUGAAGCCAGAGAAAAGAAAGCCAAAAUGACUGACUUCGAUCGUUACAAGGUUAUGAAGGCAAAGAAAAUGAGAAACAGGAUCAUUAAGCAUGAAAUUAAGAAGCUCCAGAAGAAGACCACCAAGAAAGACAAGAAGCCAGAGAAGAAACAGAAAUAAAACGAGCUUCUAGCUAUGUAUCACUUGGUGUCCAUGUUCUGAUUCUUCAGAAAUGACAAGUGGUAAAAGAUCUGAUGUCAAUUGUAA